AACCACCACUACUACCACAGCCCCUACUACGCCCACCUCAUCCAAACCAACAAAUCCAACUCCGCAGGAGACUGGCACCGCUGGCUCGUGGCCGCAGCGACCCGCGACGACAUGAUAACUUUCUUCAAGGGGCUGACGAAAUACUCCAAGACCAGCGGGGCCAAAAUCACCGACGUGAAACCCAUCCAUCUGGCAUGGUGGACGUUCGAUUCUCCGGACGGAUACAAUAUCCGGGAACUGGUGAAGCAGAUCUACCAAUUGAAUCCAUCUUGGUAUGGGAACGUGGAGGAGUUGAAUGAUAGUCGGGGAAAAGUCACGGUUACGUUGUUGGAUGAUGCGGGGGGAAGGAAUUGGCCGGUUUUGCCGUGUCAGGAUGUUGAGU